AUCGAAGGCUUCGACGUCGACCUCAGACACGUUCCCUCACGACCCUCGUCGUUGUCGACCAGCAACGGCAGAGCGUUGAACGACCUCAAGUCUGGAGCUUUCCUUUCGAUAUUAUUUAAGAUAUACCCACCCUCCCAUUCCUUGCGAUACCAAAAUCCUCCUCGAAAAUGCCGUCAUUCUCAUCCACGCCGUUUAUGACCUCCCUUACCUUCAUUCUCAUUAUUGUCAUCUUGAACAAUACCUUGUUUGCAGAUGCACAUCCAUCGGGAGCUCUCUCGAACAUAUUGACGAAGCGCACAGAUCCAUUCUUCCCCGAUCAACCACCUUCGUGCCCGAUUUGCGCACAGAACUAUCCGAGUAUCAAUAGUUGUGCGCAAGCUGCUCCCGUCCUCGCGAACUUCUCCAUGAUCAUCUUCAACCCCGGAGCUUUCAUUGAUGUGAUCAAGUGUGCUUGUACAGAUACUUUCCAAAGCGCCUUCCCUCAAUGUGCCGACUGCUUCAUCCAGACAAACCAAUCAGACGUCCUGAACACUCCCGACCUCCCAGGCAUAGUUAGCGGCAUGCGUCAAAUCUGUGCCCUCGAGAGUACACUCUUGGGUAACGUGAGCGAAACAGAUGGCGAGGUGACCCCUUCGGCCGGAGUCAUUGCCCCUACGCCUACACCUUCUCUAAGCGGAGCUGAGCUGCAGUUCGGUCUCACUGGUGUUCAUGUUCUGUUUGUCCUUGUCGUUGGUUUGCUUUCAGUCUUUUCGAUUGGUGUGUUGUGAGCUCAGAGCUGGAUGUGUGUCUUUGGCGUACUGUUUGCUAUGGACGUGGAUGGGAAGAUUGUACCGGUAUUUAUUUGGUAUUUGCUGCAUCUCUUUAACGACCUUCUUACGACCACUGCGAUACUUAUGCGUGUAAUGACCAUCAUGACCCUUGUAUAUCCGAAUGUAUUUCUUCUGAAUGCACUUUUCUGCUAC